UACUUUAGCAAGUUUAGGUCCACUGUAAUCCAUAAUCAUCUACCGGUAUAUAAUAUGUACGAAUAUGAAAUCAUAAGGUGAAAGAAAAUAUAACAGAUGUCAAUUUGAGGAGGCACAGAUGAUUCAUUCAGACUUUGGCAAUUUCUAUUUCCACAUAGAUGCAGCGUAACUCAUACUUGUGAUUUGAGAAAAUCUCAAACUACAAUACCAGCAACGACCUGUUAUUUAGAAAUUACCACUAUUUAUUUGUUGUUCUAUUUUUCAGCCCUCCACCUCAGAUGUCAAUGAAAAGAAUGGAGAGCACAAUGACUUGCCACGCCCUCAGACUGAGACCUGGAGAGGAGCUGAAGACUAAACUCCUAGAGUAUGUCCAAGAGCAUGGCCUCAAAGCAGCAUUCAUCCUGUCAUGUGUUGGCAGCCUGAGGAAAGCGUCUGUAAGAAUGGCCGAUUCAGUAUCGGUGAUCAAUGUUGACAAGAAUCAUGAGAUUGUUUCACUGGUUGGAACACUAUCAGGAGGGCAUGGACAUCUACAUAUCAGUUUGUCAGAUGAGAAAGGCAAGGUGUUUGGAGGACAUCUCCUGGGUAGCGCAGAGGUCUUCACCACAGCAGAAGUUGUCCUUGGAGAGCUCCCUCAGCUGGAGUUCCACAGAGAGCCAGACCCUGAGAGCGGUUACGAUGAACUUGCGAUCCAUAAGAGAUCCAACCAAAACAUAAACUGUGCAUCAAACGAUUCAAAUCAUGAGGGUUUGUGUACUGACAGCUGAUAUCAUCUGACCUUUGACACUUGGGAAGUUGCUGGUUUUACAGUGGAAGUAAAAGGAGAACGGUUGAAGCCAAAAGGGUGCUAACUGAUAUACUUUUACACAUAGUUGAUACCCUUCUGGCUCUGAAAGACGAUAUUUCUCAUUCCUCGUAUAUUUUGUUACCUUUAUCUCACAACACAUGGGAUGUCCAAUAUCUAGGUCUGGAACCCCCAAACGUUCAAAAUUUCCACAUAGGACUCAAAUAUUUCAAUCUGGACCCCUGACCAAAAAGCCCUGCUU